CUGAAACUGCAGGAUUGAAUUAGGCUUGGAUUCUUUCUUGAUGCUUCCACAGCCUGCCCCAUACAGACAUUAGCAAAUCACUGAACAAAAACUUGUUUCUUCAUUCAUAAAACAGCAAUUUGUGUCUUACAGAGAGGUGCAAAGCUGGCUGAGUCAAAGCUGAUAAAAUCUAGUGGGAAAGUGCUGCAGAAAGCUUCAUUCCUCUGGCUAAGCUUCCCGAGAGUGUAGUGUUUUGCUCCUGGAAGGAUCUUUGCUCUAGACAGAAUACAAUGGGAGGCUGCAUCCAAGACAAGUUCUCUCAGAGACCGGACACAGACAAGUGUUGCUAGACCAGGAGAAGAAACAAGAGGCUUUUGAUUGCACAGGCUCAGUGAGAUCUGGGAGAUGUUCAGCUGGCUGGAGGAAGAUCAUGAAGCUUCGGUGACUUCUGUUUUCUCAGGAUUUCAUGUUAGUCUUCCUUCACAUAUGUGUCAGCAGCAUUGCCGCUAGCCUCACAGCUGCUGGUAUCUCCAGUCUGGUACCGCACUGUUCUUUCAGGCAGGACAACACUGCUCACUAAUACUUCUCACUCACCAACAUGUUGGAAGAAGAUGAUGAUGAGACGUGUUGGAAUAACCUGGAGAACUUCCGGGUGAAGCUGAUCUCUGUGAUAGAUCCUUCCCGUAUAACUCCUUAUCUUCGCCAGUGUAAAGUGAUCAGCCAUGACGAUGAGGAACAAGUUCUUAAUGACCCCAGCCUGGUCAUGCGCAAACGGAAGGCAGGUGUUCUUCUGGACAUUCUUCAGCGAACGGGACACAAGGGCUUUGAGGCAUUUCUGGAGAGUCUCGAGCUUUAUUAUCCACAACUGUAUAAGAAAAUAACUGGCAAGGAGCCCAGCAGGGUUUUCUCUAUGAUUAUAGACACCGCUGGGGAAUCCGGCCUGAGCCAGCUCCUGAUGAAUGAGAUCAUGAAGCUGCAGAGCACCGUGCAGGAGGAGCGGCGGAAGGCCCAGGAGCUCACGGUGUGGCUUCACACUAAAGAGGACACGAUCAAAGAGAUGUGGGUGAGGGACAGCCUGCUCCGCAAGCACCAAGAGCGGGCGCAGAAGAUGAAGGAGGAGAGGGACAGCCUGAGCAAGGAGCUGCGGAAGUGCAAGGACGAGAACUACAACCUGGCAAUGAGCUAUGCCAAACAGAGCGAGGAGAAGAGCGCUGCCCUCAUGAAGAACCGGGACCUGAUCCUAGAGAUCGAUCACUUGAAGCACAGCCUCAUGAAGGCUGAGGAUGACUGCAAACUGGAGCGUAAGCACACGAUGAAACUGAAGCAUGCCAUAGAGCAGCGUCCAAGCCAUGAGGUGAUGUGGGAGAUCCAGCAGGAGAAGGAGUUACUUUUGGCCAAGAAUCAGGAGCUGGAGAACACUCUUCAGCAGGUUGCCAGGGAACAGAACUUGGAGAAAAGCCUUUCCAGUGAGACUCUGGAGAAUGACUCUAGCCAGAUCCUAGAAGAACGCCGGGAGCUGAUGAACACCAUUUACAGCCUUCGCAAGGAGCUGCGGCAAGCCGAGGCGCUCCAAGACAAGUAUGCAGAGGAAAAAGAGAUGCUUGAACUACAGUGCACAUCUCUGAGGAAGGACUCCCAGAUGUAUAAAAAACGGAUUGAAGCUGUCUUGCAGCAGAUGGAAGAAGUUGCUUCAGAAAGAGACGAGGCACUCCUGACCCGAGAACAGUUCUAUACGCAGUACUCCAAGAACCUGGUUGAGAGGGAUGCUUACCGCAAGCAGAUUCGGGAACUGGGGGAGCGAUGUGACGAAAUGCAACUGCAGCUCUUCCAGAAGGAGAGUCAGUUACUGGCUACUGAAGCCAAGCUGAAAAGGUUGCAACUGGAGCUACCCACACCGACCUCUGACCUGGAUGAUACCUCCUCCAGAGACUCACAGGAACUCACGCUUCACGGUCAUCUAGAUGAAGAUAUACAACCAACUAAAAAAGAUUGCCCCAAAGGACAAAACCAGCAAUUCAGCACUCAAGAGAACAGUCUGCCUCCAAAGUCACCCAGUUUCAAGGAGUGUGGCUUAGCCAAUGAGGAACUGGCAGAAAAGGAGCGGAGGAGGAUGAAGGACUGCUUUGAGCGUUACCGAAGGUCUGCACUUUAAAAAAGAGCAAUGCGAAGGGUACCGAAGGGCCGACAGCACGAGGCCGACUGGGAGAACACCAGCGGCAGCGACAACACCGACACCGAAGGCUCCUGAGAGCGGGAUCUGACCUGUGAGGGGAAUGCCAGCACGUCAGGGGGGGACCGUGCCCUCUGCAUUUCUGUGUGGACCAUGUAGAUUUUAAAACCACCGGAAGAACCAUUUAUCAAAAAUUAGUAUUUGUAAUGGGACUGUGUUUUUUAGCUCUGCCUUCCCUCGUCCAUCUCCCUUAGAAAAGCAGUGAUGUGAUCAUCACGGUGUGGCGUGCACAGAUGAAAUAAAGAGGAUUAAACAGUU